AUGGCAUCUGCGCAACAAGAUGUGCAACUGCACGACUUCCCCAACAUCUUUAGCUUGAAAGGCAAAGUCGCAGUCGUGAGUGGCGGGUCGCGAGGCCUUGGUCUGCACGCAGCAUCUGGUCUUCUCCAGGCCGGCUGCUCCAAGAUAUUCAUCACCUCACGCAAAGCCGACGCCUGCGACGCUGCCGUUGCAGCUCUCAAUGCGCUCCCCAACAAAUCCCCUGGCGCCCAGGCUUACUCCAUUCCUGCAGAUAGCUCUAAGAUAUCUGAGAUCGAUCGUUUAGUGAAAGAAGUGAGCAAACAUACUGAUCACGUGGAUAUCCUCUUUGCGAAUGCAGGAGCUACGUGGGGCAGUACGUUUGAAGAGACCGACGAGAAGAAUGGUUGGGAUAGAGUCAUGGAUUUGAAUGUAAAGGGCGUCUUCUUUACCAUUCAGAAAUUCACACCCUUGCUCACAAAAUCUGCAACAAUGCAGGACCCCUCGCGGGUCAUUGUAACAGGCAGCGUAGCAGGAAUCGGUACUGGUUCCCUCGGCGAAACAGGCGCUUGGUCAUACGCCGCUUCAAAGGCCGCAGUCCUCCAUCUUGCACGUAACCUCGCUGUCGAACUAGGGCCCAGGCAUAUUCUUGUGAAUGGAAUUGCUCCCGGAUUCUUCAUGAGUAAAAUGGCGGGCGUCUUGAUGGAGAAAGCAGGUGGUGAGGACGCACUGGGAAAGAGCAAUCCGAAUGGGAGGACGGGAAGGCCAGAAGACAUCGCUGCUGCGGUUGUGUAUCUGAGUAGUAGGGCUGGUGGUCACGUCAACGGUGAUACGAUCGUGCUUGAUGGUGGAAAGAUUCAUGGAAGUAACAAGCUGUAG